AUGGUACGAGGCGAAAGUGGUCCUGUUGCCUUUAAUAGCGACUUUGGCUGGGUUGUUACUGGUCCGACAAAUGAUACAGAAUCGUGUUCGAAAGUCUCGGGAGUUCAUUUGCUCAUCGAGGAGCAAUGUUCAUUAUUAACACCAUCCUCAUUUGCGUUGAGAGAGGAUGAAUCUGAACUUUCGAAGUGUUUAAGCCAAUUCUGGAAGAUCGAGUCGAUGGGAAUUAAUGAGGAGAAAGUAACUAAAGAAGAGUUUUUGAAGGAUAUUCGAUAUCUCGAGAAUGAAGCAAGAUACGAAGUUAGUUUACCACGGAAGAAUGAGAGUAUUCCGAAAUCGAACGGAUACGGUAUGUGUUUGAAACGACUCCAUCAACUCAAGUCUCGUCUCGAUAAAGACAAACAAUUACUCGAACAAUAUGACAACAAAUUUAAGGAUCAAGAGAAAGGCGGUAUCAUAGACUUCGUAGUUGAACCUGGAGAAACUAGCCAUUAUUUACCUCACCAUGGAGUGAUUCGCCAAGAUAAAGAAACAACAAAACUUAGAGUCGUGUUUGACGGUUCCGCGAAACCUACAAAAGAUGAUCUGUCAUUAAAUGAUUGUCUCCAAAAGGGUCCAAAUUUAGUUCCACAUCUAUUUGAUACUGUUGUAAAUUUCAGAGGUUAUCCUAUCGGACUUGUUGCUGAUAUCGAGAAAGCCUUCCAUCAGAUACAAAUUGCUCCUGAUGAUAGGAAAAUGUUGAAGUUUCUCUGGUUUGAAGAUAUUAAUCAAGAUCCCCCGACCCUCAAAGAAUAUGAGUUUCGACGUCUGCCAUUUGGUCUAACCCCCAGUCCUGCUAUCUUAUCCAGCACUAUAUCUCAUCAUCUUUCAAGAUACAAGGAAAUUGAACCAGAGAUAGUCUCAUUGUUGCUCGAGUCUCUGUACGUUGAUGAUUUCGCCGGUGGAGCUUAUGAUGAUGAUGAAGCCUUACAUAUCUAUCGCACAUCUCACGAUCUAAUAGGCAAAGGUGGGUUCAAACUUCGAAAAUGGCAUUUGAAUUCUGCCUCCAUACGAGAUUUCAUCGCAACCCAAGAAGACGCAAAUGGAAGUGUGAAAGACAAAGUAACAAACGCGAAUUCAGAAUCCACUUAUCACAACGUCGAUGUUGACAUAGAAGUACGUAAAGUCGACGCCUCUUUACCAUGUUCAUCAUCGCAACAUUCUUCAGUAUCGAAAAGCAAUUGCGUUAAGAUUCUCGGGAUUAGUUGGAACGAGGACAGUGAUGAAUUUUGUUAUGACCUCGGCGAAUUAGUUGAAUAUGCGAAAUCCCUUCCCGCAACUAAACGAUCAGUGUUAAAGCUUUUCGCCAAAGUAUUCGACCCCAUUGGUCUUUUCUCUCCAUUUACAGUUACCAUGAAAAUGUUGUUUCAGACACUGUGUACCACCAGCGUGAACUGGGAUGACGAGUUAGAUGGCAAAGCAUUAACGGCUUGGAAAUCUCUCGUAAAAGAUUUACAAGCCCUGAGUGAUAUACGAGUACCACAAUGUUAUUUUCAACGUCUAAACGAACUGUUUCGAACACACAAGAUUCACAGGGUUUUGUAA